AGCACUUCUCCAGUCUUUCCGAACAUUCGAAACUCACACUCUCCUCGAACGAGCUUCCACCAUGGCGAAACGUGAACUCCAUGUAGGCAUUGUGGGAGCCGGGAUCGGCGGGGUUCUGGCAUCCAUAGCGAUUGCUAGAGCCGGAGGAACGGUGACCGUGCUUGAAGCAGCUUCGCAACUUGGAGAAAUCGGAGCUGGCAUCCAGAUGACCCCAAAUGUCUCUCGAUUGCUCGAACGAUACGGCAUAGACAAAGUCAUCGGACCAGAUCUUGUUCAGUUCAGGGAGCUGAACAUCAGGACCAAAGACGGAACGAAAGCUGGAUACACUCUCAUCAAGCGUGUCGAGGAUAUACUCGGCUAUCCUUGGUAUCUUGUACACCGGCACCACCUGCACAAUGGCUUAGUCGAAGUCGCACGGAAAAACGGCGUUGAGCUCAUCAUCAACAGCAGAGUGGCGAAGCUGGAACAGCAGUCCGAUGGCCGAGUCCAGGUAUCCACUGAGAAGGGCAAUGCGUACACUUUCGACCUUGUGGUCGGCUCGGACGGAGUGCAGUCCGUGGUUCGAAGAACUCUUUUCCCGGAUGUCAAGCCUCGGCCUCCCACUGGCAAUUGUGCCUACCGAGCCAUCGUUCCGUACGAUGAAGUCAGAGCCGAUCCUCUCACCCGUGAGCUCGUGGAAGACAAAGACGGCAACUUGAUCAAGACCAUGGAGGUCUGGAUGGCCGAGACGGGUUAUAUCAUCUCAUAUCCCAUUUCCGAUGCGAAGGAUUUCAACAUGGUUCUAUCCCAUUUUCGCGAUCCACCCGUCGACAAAGUCCAGGAAGUCAGCGUCGAGGAGGUCAAGAAUGAAUAUCGCGACUACGACCCUCGCAUUCGUCGCAUCAUCGAAAAGAUCAAGCCGCCCAUCUCAAGGUGGCCUCUCCUCGUCACAGGACCUCUCGAGUCCUGGUCCAGUCCGGAGAAGAACGUCGUCCUCAUUGGCGACAGCGCCCACUCGAUGGUGAAUCACAUGGCACAGGGCGCAGCGACAUCGAUGGAAGACGGCGCAUACCUUGCGAAGUGCCUCGGUGCUGUGAUCGAUGGCCGAAUCAGCAUUGCAGAUGCGAUCAAAGUGUACGAGAAAGGAAGAAUGCCGAAGGCAAGCUACAAACAGCAAGUCUCCUAUCUCAAUGGAUGGCUGUGGCAUCUACCCGAUGGACCAGCCGCCGAUGCCAGGGACAGGUCGAUGCGGGUGGAGCUAAACGGGGAGGUACCGAUGAAGAGCGCCAACUUGUACGGCGAUCCGGGAACUGUCCUUGAGUGCUAUGGCUAUGAUGCAGAAGUGCAUGCAGACGAGGAGAUCGCU